ACUUCCAUACCAAGGGUGCAGUCCAUAUACCUCUAGGCAUUAAGACAAAAUAAGAUACUAACAACAACAACAACACUGGAAAUUCAGGAUGGAGGCUGACUUUGUUGCAGCAUGUGUGGAGGAGAUAGCAUUGGAAGGCCUUGACGGUAUUACCUUGCCAUCACUAUGGCUCCGUUUGGCAGAAAGGCCAGUUUUCCCACUGGCAUUGGAUGAUAGAGCAAAAGGUUUUAUCUGGAGGACAAUACUGCAGCAGGACUGUAUAGGGAUGUAUAUUUUGCCGGAACCUAGGCCAGUUAUUGUGAUUGACAACAGAGAAAAUUAUACCGAUCCAGAGACUGGCAUCUGCGUGGAACCGGAAUUAUUGCCAGAAGAGUUCUAUCCAGUUCACCCUGUGAAUAAGGAUGGAGUCAGAGGCUCCUGUGGCACCUAUGACACGCGGCAAAACAUUACAGAGGAGAUCAGGCAGACAGGAAUGAGCUUGGAGGAUGUAAUGAAACUCUGGGACCAGCGCCUUGUGUUAGUGGCAAGUCAGAAAGUGAGAACCAGAGCCCUAUUUGGGGAGACCUCCAACCCUAACUUGGACAUAACGGAUCUGACUUACUGCAUCUUAGAGAGAAUUGGCAGGUCACGCUAUGAAGGGGAAUUGAUGGGCGGAAAGGUUUUGGUGAGAGCUUUCAAGGCAUACAAGUUAACCCCAAAGGAUGUGUUUUACCAUCGAAAAUUACUUUUCCGCUUUGGACUGAUCAAGAAGCAGCCGUUUGUGACAAGAAAUGUGACCAACACAAUGAGUCGACUAAUACUGGUUCACCUCCCAAGAUUCUUCAAACUCGUACGAACACGAUACAGUUUGCUCCUGACAAAACUCUGCCAGAAAAUAGCAGAGUAUCCAAACCAUGUGUGUGAGCGUAAAAUCUGCAGGGAAACUUUGGGAGUUGACUCAAACUCUUUCAAGCGGAUUAUGCCACUGGCCAGCCCAUAUCUCAAACUGAGUAACAUGAAGUAUGCUGACCUUUACCCAGACUCUGCAGAAGAGGACCAUUAUCACGUCAAUGGAAAGGAAAGGAGCGUAAGUGUGGUUAUCAUGGUGAAGAAGUUUCCUCCUGAAUCCGAUGAUGAAGAUGAGGAAGCAGGGGAGAGUGAGGAGGAAGAAGAAGAUGAUGUGCCUGAACAGACGGAUGGAAUGAUGCACGAGUUCAGCUGCAGGCUAGAAAAUUUGCCCCAUGAGAGAGUAUUCUUGCAUAAGAUGUAUGAAAGACUUGAAGCAGCAGGUUCAGAGGGUAUGACGCAAAGGGCGUGUGAAAAGCUAUUCAAUAUAACCCGACUAGAGGCUCGUGGUGCCCUGAGAAGUAUGCAGAAGUUGGGAAUGGUUGCAGAACCCUUCAUGAAAGACUUUGGUCGUCAGAGAAUUGGAGUGUAUGUGUCCAGUCGCUAUGCCCAGACAAGUCAAAUCCACCGAAAAAUUGAAGAAGAGAAAACUAAACUGUUACAGCUGUAUCAUGGCUCUCCUGAGAAAGAAAGCAAAACACCAGCAAAGAAGGGAAAAGUUGGGGACACCAUAAUAAAAAGCAUGGAGUCUGUUCUUCCGGAUGCAGCUCCAAAAACGGAAGAAGAGGAAGAAACAGAGGAUGAUUCCACAUCGCUGGAUACUGUGCGGCUCAACAGUCAACUUCCCAAACCCACCAUUUAUAUGACAAAUGUCAGCUUACAGAGAGUGAACAUUAUCCUGGCAGCAGUGAGGGAGGCAAAACUCAUAGAAAAUGUCUUCACAUUACUAAAGCUUAUAAUUUCUAAGGAAGCUAACAACUCUGAUGUACAGGGGCGCAUUGACAGGAAGUCACUUUUAAGGUUAAUAUCUCGCUUGGCCAAGGCUGGGCAGAUCAACUCCAUCAAAACUACAAUCCAAGCAGAUAACAGGCAGAAAGAGCUGCAUUUUAUUUGUGAUCCAAGUGUGGGACCAACUGAUCCACUUGUAACCAGUGCAAUUGAGCAAGCUCGAUUGAAACACUUCAUGGUACACAAGGAAGCUUGUAGGCCAAGCAAAUCCAUCAGUGACGUGCAUGAUCAGAGUAUGCUGUCAGACCCUGGCACAGAUUCAUCAAUGGGUGGGGCAGUCUGA